GGGGAAUUUGUUGAUAGAUAGAACGACAAAAACAGUCGCAGCAAAAAAACAAAGACGACGCAAACCAAUCGAAUUUAGUUUUCAGUAUCAAGUAAAAUCAUUUCGCUGUGCUCAUCUGCCAUCGUCGAUCAAUAUCUUGUGUACUCAAACGACGAGACUCUGCAAGUGGAUACAGCCGUAUAAAAAGCAUCUAAAGGCCAGUGAAAGUGUAACGAUAUAAAAGAUACAAUCACCAAAGCACAAAGCUUUAGCAGCAAUGACCACAUAUCAAAUGAACUUCAACCAGGACUUUACUUCCCUGUCCGUGCUGAGUCCCACAGGUCUACGCCUUUUCUCGAUUUCUAGCCAGGACAGGGUGGAGGAGAUAUUCGCCAAGGACAACACGGAGCAAAUACGAAUCGUGGAGCGCCUGUUCAACAGCUCACUAGUAGUGCUGGUCACCGCCCAGAAGCCCAACUGCCUGAAGAUGCUUCACUUUAAGAAGAAGCAGGACAUCUGCAACUGCUUUUACCCGUCGGAGAUCCUCUGCGUUCGCAUGAAUCGCCAACGCCUGAUCGUCUGUCUGGCGGAGAGCAUACACAUCCACGACAUCCGCGACAUGAAGAUCCUGCACUCCAUCGAAAACAUCGCGCCCAACGAGCAGGGUCUGUGCGCCCUCUCCCUCAACUCGCACCUGGCCUUCCCCGUCUGCCAAACGAGCGGCGAGCUGCGCAUCUUUAACGCCAGCAAGCUGCGCACGGGUAUGACCAUCAGGGCGCAUGACACGUCCCUCUCAGCUCUUGCUUUCUCGCCCAGCGGAGCUCUGCUGGCCACCGCCUCCGAGCGCGGGACCGUCAUCCGGGUUUUUUGUGUGAAGAAUGGCCAGCGGUUGCAGGAAUUCCGGAGAGGCGUCAGCUGUGUCCGCAUUGCCUCACUGGUCUUCUCUGCCAGUGGAGACUUCCUAUGCGCCUCCUCCAACACGGAGACCGUCCACGUUUUCAAGAUUGACACGCAGGCAGUGGAGACGGUUGAGCUGAAAGCGAUAGCUGAUGUAGCUGCCAAGUCUGAAAAUUCUGCCAAGGAAGCUGCGGCAUCCCCAGCAGCAGAGGAGAGCAGUAGACCUGUCGCUACCUGGGGCGGAAUGUUUUCCAAGGCUGUGUCAUCGUUGCUGCUGCCCACGCAAGUCAGCGAAGUAUUGGCUCAGGACCGAUCCUUCGCUACGGUUCAGCUGGCGCAGGGCGGCCUAAAGCACAUCUGUGCCCUGACCCGUGUUCAGAAGGAGCCACGUCUGCUGAUUGCGUGCGAGGACGGAUUCCUGUACGUGCACGAGUUUCCUGCAGAUCGGGGUGGUUCCUGCAAGCUGCUGUCUGUCCACGACUUGCGCGGAGCCCUGGAGGAUGUAAUAGAGCUUGAGCUGAGCGAAAGCGUUCAAGGGUCGCAGACAAAGCCUUCGAAUCCUUUAACUGUGACGCAGCCCUCGCUAACGAUGCUAAAGAGCUGUGCGGCUAGUGUGCUCAUCGAGAAUCCGGAUCCGAUGCAAGACAACAGCUAUGCAAGCAUCCUGAAAGGUGACCAGGCAGAUGCAAUGUCUGAUUCUGCCAAGUUUCGCAAGCUUUGCGAUGCCAUCGACACUCCAACAAAGCUCUAUGAUGAGCGACAAUUUCCUCCAGUGGCAAUUACCGCUAAGGAUUGACCACGUAACCGUAACAUCAAGGAUAUGGUCAGAGUUAAUAGACAGCAGAAUUAUUAGCAACAUUAGUUAAUUCACCUUUACCAAGUCGCCCCAUACAAUCGUUAUAUCUACCGAAAUUUCCUAUAUGAAGCGAAAAUACUCGUUUGAAAAGUAUUUUAUUUUAUAUAAAAUAUAUAAAGCAUCUCUUAAAAUGUGCACGAUGUACAUAUGUAUGUAUAUAAAAGAAUAACACAAAAAUUUAGAUAUUCUUAUUGUGUUAAUUUAUUUUUGCCCUAAUGUUCAACAUUAUUAAACCUUAGGCACUAAAUCAAACUAUGUAUUCUUUAGAAACGUAGGUAUAAGUGUAUAGAAUUACAUAAUAAAAUUGUGCGGCAGAAGCUCAAAAAGAAAAAAAAAA